UCUUCUCUAGUGUCACUACUAACCUGCAACUGUAUUCAGACUUUCUUAGCACUCUGUACAUUGUGAGGGCUUAAAACUAAUGGAAAUUGCAGAAUGUCAUGUCAUUUCAUCAGAACUUCUCGAAAUACGGCUUUUACACAACCUCUUUUGUGCUGAAGUCAAUGAUACACUUUGAGGGGAAAGAAGACAGAUUAGGAAGUUUUUAUGUUCAGUAGCAUUACCCUAAAUAUUGCCUGUCACAUUUGAGCGUUUUCUGGGGAGAACAAGAAAUUUAACAAAUGAGGGUAUGUUGGCUAGAAUGAGAUGAGCUCGAUUUCAUCUUGCUGAUUGCAUCACUGUCUUGAAUAUUUUGAUAAUCUACACAGAUAUUAAGAAAACUGUUUUAUCCAUUUCUACUUUUAAUCAUAUCAUAAGGUAUAUAUAUUUCAGUGUCUUAGUAGGCACCAUAAUUUCUCAACAUGGUAGUUUACCCCAAUACAGAAGUUGAAGCUCUGAUAUUUAUCUGUAUGCACAUAUCCCUCCCCAAAACAUCCAACUUUAUACUCCCCAUAUUUUCAUUAGUUCAAAACCAUAUAAUGAAGCUUUGGAGGAUCUUGCAUACUAUUAUCUUUUAUAAUCCCGAAUGGAAAAUUGACACACAAGUUAUGCUAUUAAACAAAAAUAGUGAUCCUAACAGCUGCUAGGAUUUGUAGCCUUAUUUAAAAUGGGAAAAACGUGAAAAACCUUACAUAAUAGCCUUAAUUAAAAACUAUGCUGAAUACUGUACUCGUGGGUCCUUUAACCCGACUUUAUUUUUGAUGCUGAGAUUUCGUAGUCCCUUUUUAUGCAAAGAUUUUUUUUGUACUUUGAAAGUCAGUUACUUCCCAGUUAGACAAAGUGCAGUUGUGCAAUUUUGUUCUUCUCGCUUAAUUAUCACUUGAAACAUAUUGUACCGGGCAGCCAGGACAGUGUGUGCCACAGCGUUUUAUAUAAUUUUAAUAUCCCUUCACAGAUUAGAAAUAGAUAAAAGUGAGUGCCAUCCACAUUUUAUUGAUGCUCAACAAGAUAAUCAUCCAUCCAAUGACUGCCCAAAUCCAUAUCUGUCCUCUCCGAAUUAUGACAUUUUAGCAAAUACACAUCAUGAGGAGUUUUGGGAAAAUGGCGACCCGCCGCCGCCACAGGUUCCAUUACAGCCAGUGGGAUCAUAACGCGGAGAUUAGUUGGCAGUUAGUGGUGAGGGCGUGGCCUUCGGACGGCAUAGCUUGGCGUGUUUGCAGCGCACACCGGGAGAGCAUCUAACCCAGCUCAAGUCAGUGGCCGUAAACGUGCUGACUGCGACUAUGAACCUCAAAGCUGACCCAGAGGAGCUUUUCACCAAGCUGGAGAGGAUAGGCAAAGGUUCUUUUGGCGAGGUGUUUAAAGGCAUCGACAAUCGCACACAGAAGGUGGUGGCCAUUAAAAUAAUUGACCUGGAAGAAGCGGAGGAUGACAUUGAGGACAUCCAACAGGAAAUUACAGUUCUCAGCCAGUGCGACAGUCCUUUUAUCACCAAGUACUUUGGAUCCUAUCUCAAGGGAACAAAAUUAUGGAUUAUUAUGGAAUAUCUGGGCGGAGGGUCGGCCCUUGAUUUGUUGGAACCAGGCUCCUUGGAUGAGACUCAGAUUGCCACCAUUUUGAGAGAAAUCCUAAAGGGGCUCGAAUAUCUGCACUCUGAAAAGAAAAUUCACAGAGAUAUCAAAGCUGCCAACGUGUUGCUGUCGGAACAAGGCGAGGUGAAACUGGCCGACUUUGGCGUGGCGGGCCAGCUGACUGACACUCAGAUCAAAAGGAACACGUUCGUGGGGACUCCUUUCUGGAUGGCGCCUGAAGUCAUAAAACAGUCGUCAUAUGAUUCAAAGGCAGACAUCUGGUCGCUGGGCAUAACGGCGAUCGAGCUGGCGAAAGGAGAGCCGCCCCACUCGGAGCUCCAUCCCAUGAAGGUCUUGUUCCUCAUCCCAAAGAACAACCCACCGACGCUGGAGGGAAGUUAUUGUAAACCACUGAAAGAGUUUGUGGAAGCCUGUUUGAAUAAAGAGCCUAGCUUUAGGCCAACCGCCAAAGAACUGCUGAAGCACAAGCUGAUCGUACGGCACGCCAAAAAGACAUCCUAUCUGACCGAGUUGAUCGACAGAUACAAGAGGUGGAAAGCGGAGCAGUCCCGAGACGAGUCCAGCUCCGGAGACUCCGACGAGGAGGCGCAAGGACAAGCGUCUGGAGGAGACACCACCGCCAGUGAUGAUUGGAUCUUUUACACCAUCAGGGAGAAGGAACUGAAUAAGAUGCAAAACGGGGCUGUGCAGCCUGCCGAGCUGGAAAUUCAACCGACCUUACAAGAACAGGAGAGUCCAAAGAGGCCUAUGUCACAGAGCUUAUCAUCCAUCUUCUCUCCGUUAUUUUCUGAGUUGAAAGCCAAAGGAGAGACCAGCAAUGGCAAGCCGGAGGCUGCCGAGGCGCUGCAGAAAGCCAUUUUAGAAGCCGAAGACAUACAUCCGGGCGUGUGUGACUCGCUGGUGGCCGAACUGCUGCAGAGACUUCAGAGGUUUUCUGUGCCUCAGACCGCUGCCAGUCAUUGAGAAAAAUAAGAAAAGCACAAUUGAGCACCUUGGUGUGGACGCAUGGAUGAAGGCUUGCAAGCCGUCAUAGGAUUUGCGCUCCAUCACUCAUUAGCCUCCCAGCGCACACGCACACCACUAGAGGACGCUCUCGUGGGCAGGAGAGUGGACUUAAGCCAUCCUUCUCUCUUGAGCUCCUACUUUGGAGCUGUGCUGUGUGUGUGCUUGUGCGUGUUUUUUUUGGGAAAACUCAGGUAUCCUGCUUUUAAGGUCCUCUGGGAGGUCAAAUGAGCUCUACAGGAUGGUUGUAAAAACUUGUAAAUAAGUACAUUUCUACAGAUACAAGAACAAAAUAAUAAUGGUAAUAAUAAUAAUAAUGAUGAUGUGCUUGUACAGAUGGCCAAACGCAGACUGUAGAUAAUAUUGGUUGUGAGAUAAAUAUGUUGAGAGUAGAACGGCCAUAUGUGAGAUUGCCUUCUGACUGUAUAUCACGCUUUGAUUUGUGUACAUUCAAAGUCCGUCAUUUCACACCACGUGACACCAAACAUCCUUUCUGGAUUAUUCUCACACACAAAUGCUGUCAUUUCAUUUAUUUUUUAUUUUUGUUUUUAUUUUAACCGUCAGACUUUGGAGUUUCUUUGUGGCUGAGUACAUUGCUGUCUUGUGUGUUUUGGUCAAUCGUUCACUUACGCCUAUGUGCAUUUCAACAAAGUGGAAUCCUCUAGACAGGUCCAUUUAAUUCAGUUUUACUAUAAUCUUCUAAAUUUCUGAGAUGCGCCUUUACUUGAGUCAGUGAAGGUCAGGGUUCUAAUCAAAUUUGCCAUCUUGGUGCCCAGCGGAAAACGCGUGAGAAUCCCAACCUUAGACUAAGAAAGAGGUGCACUUGCAUUUGGAGUGCUGACUUUUACAGGAGGACAGAGGUUUGUGUUUGCAUAAUAGAAGUAUAAGAAACGGCACUUUGCACGGGCUUGAUUGUUUCCCCGUUUCGUAGGCUACAAUGCGAUACUAAAGUCCAUCUCUUUGAGUUGUUUUCCUGCUUUGCCGAAUGACUGACUGACUUGGAAUCUUUUCUCCCGUCGGAGUCCAGCGUGCUUGAUUUUUCGAAUUCCUCUGACUCCACUUUUGUGUAGCCAUACAACGCACAAAGGUAGUAACAGAAGACGCGCAGUACAUGUGGGCCAGUGGAAAGAAAACGUGAGAGCGUGCAGGCAGUGACGAGUAAGGAGGCAGGUGACUUGAGAUGAUGUCACGUGCAGUAAAUAAGAAAGUAGCUUGACGGGGGGGUCCAAACAACAAACUAGCGGCAAAUGCGACCCAUUGUCUUUUUGUUUUGCUGUCUGAGGCUCAGACGAAAAAUAACAUUUUGAUUCAAUCCAAUGCUGUUAAAAAUAUUUUUUUUCUCAAUAGAAACAAACAUUUAUGUACAUUUAUAUACAAAAUAUAUAUAUAUACAAAUAAUUUUGUAUAUAUAUAUAUAUAUUUUGGUUUUAGAAGCAGAAGAAAUAUAUAUAUAUUGAACUUUCUCCUCCAUGCAAAGUUUGAUUUGUGAACAAACCACCUUAUUUCAGACGGCCCAUAUUGAUUCUGAAUGUGACGAUGUGUUCAGUGCAGGGGCGGCGCUAUCCUAUCCAGGGUUGUGGGUCACCUUGAAAAAAGGCUGAAAUACAGGAACAGUUUUCCAAAAAGUUUAUCAUUAAUUAAUUGGUAUUUAGUGUGUUUAAUAAAGUUAAAAAAUGUCUAAAUUUCGCUUGAAUCCCUGGAAUAAAAAAUUUUUUUCUGAAAUGUUGGACCCCACGGAUCAGCGCGUCAUAAACUAUCAGUGGUUGAGUACGUGUGACAGUGCAGCAGUAUGACGCCCGGUGGUCGGUCCACUUCACGUAUGCGUUGUAGCACACGUUGAGCAGGACGACCGUCUGUGUUGAUUGUUGGCUUGACUUGAAUCAUUCUCAGAUGAUGUGACGUUGCAGUUUGGGGACAGAAUAGGAGCAGCUUUCAUAUGCUCAAAUCAAAAUCCCAUUGAGGAUACAAUGCUGGAUGCUCGGACUAAAAUAGUUGUUUUGCCGCAGUGUUUGUCGAUAAACUAAAUUAGGUCCUCAAAAUCAAAUAUUUACAGUUGACUGACUUGACUGGCUGUUUUUUUUUUUUUUUUUUCUCUGCUCCCCAGUGAAACGUGCCAUUUGAGAACACAUUUCAACUAAUUCAAUUAUGAUUUGCACCUUUUACAUGCUCAAAAUAGACUCAUUUUCAUGUGUAUUGUUUUUGCGUUGCACUUUGUCUGAUUUUUAUUCGGUAUGUGGUACUUACCGAGGCUACCAAUAUUCUGUGGCGCUUACACCGCCGCUUUUAUUGUCAUUCCGCGUCCCAUUUCGGGUGUCAUGGCAAUAAAGCUUAGUGUGACGGCCAGGAUUAAUAAUGUCUUAGCACAACUAUAUUCUUCUUUCAAACUAUUUUUAUAACCCAGAGGAGCAGUAUUAUUUAAUAGCGCUAGCAACGUCUGGUGAUGUGUCUUAAAGAAUCGGUAAACACUGGAAAGCAAAUGUACAUUUUAUGUGAUGACUCCAAUAGACAUGUUUGUUCAUUCGAGACAGUGCUGUUGGGUUGAUUGGACUUUGUCAAUUGAUUAUGAAAGAAAUAAAAAUCUAGCACAGA